CUUCCCUUCUAACUUCCCUUUUAUCUGUGGAAUAAUUGUUGGGAGUAGAGAUUAAUAAGGGAAACUAACUUCCCUUUUAUCUGUGGAAUAAUUGUUGGGAGUAGAGAUUAAUAAGGGAAACUAACUUCCCUUUUAUCUGUGGAAUAAUUGUUGGGAGUAGAGAUUAAUAAAGGAAACUAACUUCCCUUUUAUCUGUGGAAUAAUUGUUGGGAGUAGAGAAACACACGAUUUUGUAUAAUUCAAAAAUGGGUCAAUUCUAUAAUAAAUCCAGCUAAAAAGACGUAUAAUUUCAGGUCAAAUAAAAACACCAUGUUUAUCUCCCAGGACAAAUGAGCUAGAAACAGCCAGCUAGCUAAAUGUCCAUGAAUGUUUCAUGUGUUUAUACAUGUCCCCCCCCCAAAAAAUGAAUAUAGUUGAUUCACAGUUUUGGUAUUUUAACUUGCACGUCAUGAGGAUAGAACAAAUCAACACGCAGCACGAUGGGGGGUGACGCAGAGCAGAGCCAGUUUGGUCAGCGUGUUACAUUAGGCCCAUAUUGACUAUACAGUUUGCACUAGAACGUAUCAUUGGCCUGCACAGUAACGGCCUCAGUGUGUUUAACUCAAAACCUUUGUGUAUUGACCAAAAAUGAACUGAAGUAUGUGUGAACUAUAUUAUUGUAACGACCCUGGGUUUAUAAUGAUUAUUCUAUCGUUAUUAUUAGUUAGUUUAUAGUUAGUUAUUAUUAGUUUAUAAUUAUCCUACUAUCAAGGAGUCGUUAUGACCAUUUUAUUUUUAUCUUUAUUUAACUAGGCAGGUCAGUUAAGAACAAAUUCUUAUUUUCAAUGACAGCCAAGGAACAGUGGGUUAACUGCCUGUUCAGGGGCAGAACGACAGAUUUGUACCUUGUCAGCUCGGGGAUUCGAACUUGCAACCUUUCGGUUACUAGUCCAACGCUCUAACCACUUAGACCAGUGUGGGAGAAACACAUCCUCAGGAAUUACAUAAGAAACUAUAUUACUGAAUGAGCCCUGGUGAUAAUGCCAUUUAAAAGACCGCAGAAUCCACAAAGUCUCCCAUCAAUUAUGUCUCCGGAAGUGGUGAAAAUAUACCCUUUAAAGAGCACCCCCCAGAACUCAACCGCUCACCAAUCGACCGCUUGAUUGGAGGAGAUAAGGCUAUCCGCCGCGAUCGGAUCUUUGAAUUAAAAAAAAAAAUAUAUAUAUAUAUAUUAUAGGCCUAUACGGUAUUUAUAUUACAUUUUGCACAAUGCGAUGAUAACGUCACGCAGGCAUUGCUAUUUAGGUUUGAAGAUAAAAAAAGACGAUGCCUGGUGAAGCGCGGCUCCAUCAGUGCGCCUCUAUUGCAGGUCAUCUGAAAACAACAAUAGAUAUAUCAUGUCGUGUUUGAGCGUCGCAUGCAGCGCUGUUAUUGUCCUGUUCGGAGCGGUUUGCAGCGUUUUCAUAUUCUGUGAGUAUCUGAUUUAUUACGCCGCGAUAUUACAGUGUGGUUGGCCAGGGAUCGACCAUGGUGCCCCGGCGAGUGAGAGGAGCGCAGACGGCCAACCAGAGCCGGAGGUUCUCCGCGCUAUGGUGCUGUCAGACACGCACCUCCUCGGCGCUGUCGGAGGGCACUGGUUCGACAAACUGCGAAGGGAAUGGCAGAUGGAACAAGCUUUCCAGACCGCCCUGGCCCUGCUCCGACCCGAGGUCGUCUUUAUACUGGGGGAUGUGUUCGAUGAGGGGAAAUGGAGCUCUCCGAAGAACUGGGAGGAUGAUGUCUGUCGCUUCCAGAAGAUGUUUAGACAUCCCAGUGACACAGAGCUGGUAGUUCUGGUUGGAAACCACGACAUCGGCUUCCACUACGAAAUGGACUGGUUCAAGUUACAGCGCUUUGAGAAGGCCUUCAAUACCACCUCCACCAGAAUGGUCACCAAGAAAGGAGUGAACUUUCUGUUGGUCAACAGCGUGGCGUUGCAUGGUGACGGUUGUCCUAUCUGCCAAUCAGUGGAGAAACAGCUUCACACACUGUCCAGGGACCUCAACUGUUCACUACUACAGAAUUCUGAGUCCAGCAUUAUAAGAGAAUACUGCCAAGAUGCGUGGAACUAUCCUUCUACAACACCUAUCAUCCUGCAGCAUUACCCUCUGUACCGGGUGAGUGAUGCGGGCUGUACGGGUCGAGAUGCUGCUCCUCCUGAAGAGCGCCACCUGCUGUUCAGAGAGAAGUACGACGUGCUGUCUCAGGAGGCCUCUCACAGGCUGCUGCAGUGGUUUAAGCCCCGCCUAGUUCUCAGUGGCCACACCCACAGUGGUUGUCAGGUUCUCCAUGACAACAAGUACCCAGAGAUCAGUGUACCGUCCUUCAACUGGAGGAACCGCAACAACCCCAGUUUCAUACUGGGUUCGUUCUCCUCCAGUGGUUAUGGCCUGUCAAAGUGUUUCCUUCCAGAGGAGAGUACAGUGAUAGCCCUCUACUGCUCUACAGGAGCCAGCCUCCUCUUCCUCCUCCCUCUGGUCCACUGCCUGUGGAUGCGAGGCCUUCUCCGGUGCCUCAUCCUCUGUCCAAUCAGCAAACACAAGUUUCUCUGACGGUCUCAGGUAGAGGUUGUCCCUGACUGCUGAAUGAUACAGGGUGAGAUAUGGGCUACAUCCCAUCUCAAAUGGCACCCUAUUCCCUAUUAAGUGCACUACUUUUACCCAGGUUAGCACCAUAGGUGCUCUGGUAAGAAGUAGUGUACUACGUAGGGAAUAGGGCGCAACUUGGGACGUAGCCACGCUGUCCUCCCACCAAAAGCAGGGGUGGCUGGUGCUCCUGCCCUGGGAGGCUGCCGUGGGUCUGUAGGGUUGUGCUCCACCACAGCACUGACUGACAUGUUCAUGUGAACACAGGACCAAGUCUUGCUGUUUUGCUGACAGGUUUGUUAGAGUAGGGCUGAAACAAAAGCCUGCACGCCCAGUAGCCUUCCAAAAGGAAAAUUGGUCAUCCUAUUGGGAGGUAAAGUAAUCUGACUCUAGAUCUGUAGUUAAGGAAAGCCUCUACCUGGAGAGAACCUGUGUGACCCCCCCCCCCUCCCCCACACAGAGACAUGGACGUUUUGAAAUUCUGUAUUUUUCUUUCUUUAAAGCUGUGAAAUUCCACAUUCCAAAAAGAACAAAGAACAGAGUUCAGGAUAGAGAACAGGGGUCAAGAUGGAGAAUAGAGGUCAGGACAGAGAACAGGGGUCAGGAUAGAGAACAGUGGGUCAGGACAGAGAACAGGGGUCAGGACAGAGAACAGAGGUCAGGACAGAGAACAGGGGUCAAGACAGAGAACAGGGGUCAGGACAGAGAACAGAGGUCAGGACAGAGAACAGGGGUCAAGAUGGAGAAUAGAGGUCAGGACAGUGGAUCAGGAUAGAGAACAGUGGGUCAGGACAGAGAACAGGGGUCAGGACAGAGAACAGAGGUCAGGACAGAGAACAGGGGUCAGGACAGAGAACAGGGGUCAGGACAGAGAACAGGGGUCAGGACAGAGAACAGGGGUCAGGAUAGAGAACAGUGGGUCAGGAUAGAGAACAGUGGGUCAGGACAGAGAACAGAGGAUCAGGACAGAGAACAGAGGAUCAGGACAGAGAACAGAGGAUCAGGACAGAGAACAGGGGUCAGGACAGAGAACAGAGGUCAGGACAGAGAACAGAGGUCAGGAC